UGCAAGUGGAUUCUUGGUGUGCCUUGAUAACCCGACGUGUCACUUUUCUUCAUCCUCACCCAACACAUAUUCCUUCUCGUUCUUCAACCUUAAGAAAUAAUCAUUACAAACACACACAGAGAAACCCCAAAAUCUCAAAAUUAAGGUUUCUUCAGAUACCCUUUUCUGUGAAAAACACAUAAACUCUUCAUUUGAUUCAAUUCAAUCUGCAGCUGCUAUGGUUUUCAAACUCCACCUGUAAAGCCCUUCAAGAACAAACAUGGCUGCAACAACUCUAGGAUUAGCUUCUUCUUCAAAACUCAAAUUCAGUUUCCCUCUAACUUCAUCAUCUUAUUCAUUUCCACACAAUCAAUUUGUUUCACCCCGUUUUAAUUUUAGUAGUGAAACAGCAGAAAAAUCAGUGAAGUCAACCUUGAAUAAGAAGAAUCAGUCUCCAUGUCUUGUUUCUUCAAAAAGGAGUAAAAUUUGGGGGUUUCGAUUAUCUGGGUAUCUAGAAUUAGAUAGAGGGGGUUUAGUAACUACUGAUGAAGAUGAUGAAAAAGAUGAGAUGAGUGAAGGGUUCUUUGAAGCAAUUGAAGAAAUGGAAAGAAUGGUUAGAGAACCAUCAGAUGUUCUUCAAGAAAUGAAUACAAGACUCACAUCCAGAGAACUGAAACUGGUUUUAGUUUAUUUCUCACAAGAAGGGAGAGAUUCAUGGUGUGCAUUAGAAGUAUUUGAAUGGUUGCAAAAAGAGAAUAGAGUUGAUAAAGAAACAAUGGAAUUAAUGGUUUCAAUUAUGUGUGGUUGGGUUAAGAAAUUGAUUAUAGAUGAUAAUCAUGUUGUGUCUGAUGUUGUUGAUUUGUUAAUGGAGAUGGAUUGUGCUGGUCUGAAACAACCGUGUUUCAGUAUGAUUGAGAAAGUUAUUUCAUUGUAUUGGGAGGUUGAGAAGAGGGAGAUGGGUGUGAUGUUUGUUAAGGAAGUGUUGAAGAGAGGGAUUGAGUAUACUGUUGAGGAUAAUGAGACUGGGAAAGGUGGUCCUAUUGGUUAUCUUGCUUGGAAGAUGAUGAUUGAUGAAGAUUACUCUGGUGCUGUUAAAUUGGUAAUUGACUUUAGGGAUUGUGGACUAAAACCAGAGCCCUAUAGUUACCUUAUUGCCAUGUCAGCUGUUGUUAAGGAGUUGAACGAGUUCUCUAAAGCACUGCGCAAGUUAAAAGGUUACACGAAAGCCAAUUUGGUUGCGGAGCUUGAUGUUGAGAAUGUCAGGCUUAUUGAAAAGUAUCAAUCAGAUCUUGUUGAGGUCGGGGUCAAACUAUCCAACUGGGUAACUCAAGAAGGAAGCACUGCGCAGUCUGAAUUAGUACAUGAGAGAUUGCUGGCUAUGUACGUAUGUGCUGGUCAAGGAAUAGAGGCUGAACGACAAUUGUGGGAAAUGAAGCUCGUGGGUAAACAACCUGGCAGAGAGCUUUACGAUGUAGUCCUGGCCAUAUGUGCCUCCCAAAAGGAAGCUAAUGCUGUAACACGGUUACUUAGUGGGACGGAGUUUGCUAGCUCUGUAAGUAAGAAGAAAACACUAUCCUGGUUGUUGAGGGGAUACAUAAAAGGGGGGCAUUUCGAAGAUGCUUAUGAAACCCUAGUGAAGAUGCUAGACAUGGGUUUGUGUCCCGAGUAUUUGGACAGGGCAGCUGUGUUGCAGGGACUACGGAAAAAGAUACAGCAAACUGGAAAUUACGAGUCCUAUCUUAAGCUCUUGAAGCGCCUCUUUGAAGAAAACCUGACUGGACCUGCCCUUGUAUAUAUGCAUAUAGACAGGUACAAUCUCUGGAUUAUAAAAAUGCUCUAAAGAGCACAAAUGGAUUCCAAAGCCAAGGAACCCAGGAAGCUCCAUACUGUUUUCUGUGACAUUUUAGUAUCUAGGACCUUUGAAUAAGCAAUUUUGCAGUUUUUCAACGUUUGUAUAGUCGACCGGCCAGUCAUGGAUGUUGAGCUUCUACUACCACGAUCCACGAGCAGUAGAUUGGAAAUGGGUGUUCCAGUUCGAGUAGAAAUAAAGGAAGUAUUAGCAUCUCUGAGAAGUAUUUUUGUGUUCAGUUUGUCGACAGUAGAAGUUGCUCUUCUUGGUCGUCCUCUUCUCCUCGAGCUCAAUGUUGUAUGAAUGGAUUUGAUCUCUGGUAAUAAUACGUCUUUCGUUUUUGUUCUUGUAUCCGUAUGAAUAAUAAAUGUAAGCACUAAUAAGAAACAUCAGAACUGUAUAUGAUGUGUAGUUAAUGUUCUGAUAACAACAAUGUAUAUGUUAUAGAAAUAUAUGUUCCUUUCA